CUGCCUCCCUCCCUCUCCCUCUCUCAACCCCUCCCUCCCUCCCUGUAUCUCGGUAUUAAACCGAGAUCUGCAGUAGCUGUGUGCUGCCAUUCUCCAUCACAUCUGCACUCAACUGAGACCAAGCUCACAGAACACCAAAGACCACAGCCUCAGACAGGAUGCCGUUUGGGGGAGGAAACAAGUGUGGGUGCUGCCAGAAGACGGUGUACUUCGCCGAGGAAGUUCAGUGUGAGGGGAAGAGCUUCCACAAGUCCUGCUUCCUCUGCAUGGUGUGCAAGAAGAACCUGGACAGCACCACCGUGGCAGUGCACAUGGAUGAGAUCUUCUGCAAGUCCUGCUACGGCAAGAAGUACGGGCCAAAAGGCUACGGGUUCGGGGGAGGAGCCGGCACCCUCAGCAUGGACAAGGGCGAAUCGCUCGGAAUCAAACAUGACGAGCCGGCCGCACACCGUCCCACCAACAACCCCAACCCCAACGCAUCCAAGUUCGCGCCCCAAGGCUCCGACGUGUGCCCCCGCUGCGGGAAAGUCGUCUACGCCGCCGAGAAGGUGGUGGGGGGCGGAAACUCCUGGCACAAGGCCUGUUUCCGCUGCGCCAACUGCGGGAAGGGCCUGGAGUCCACCACGCUGGCCGACAGAGACGGAGAAAUCUACUGCAAAGCAUGCUAUGCCAAAAACUUCGGCCCCAAAGGGUUUGGAUUCGGUCAGGGUGCAGGGGCGUUGGCACACGCCCAGUAGGUGCCGGACCUACAGAACGCGACGGACGCCUGGCCCGCUUGGAUUUUACUGCUCCCAGCAUCCUUCACUCACUACCAGCAUUCCUCUGCGGAACAUGACGUCACACCAGCACACAAGGCGCAAGAGCUCAGACUCACUGUAGCGGAUGGUGAACCAAACCAACCAAUCAGCAGUGAGAGAAUGUUACUUCGACCAUAUUUUACCAUCCGCUCAAUUCAAUAUCUAAUACUUUUCAUAACUACCGUGCUGGUAUUACAUACUGUGUGAGCAUUUUAAUAAAAUAAAAAAAAUUGGCCAUCCCCAUGUUACCACUAAUGGGCGGUCUGUUCAACAGCAGAGCAAUAGCAGUAUGUAAAGCAAGCGUCAUUUCGUGGACAGUUAAUCUUAAGUUUAACACAGGACUGCUGUUCUGCAUCACUGAGCUUGUCUGGAGGCCACUGCUCUUAUCGAAACAGCCUUACAGAUAAUGUACACCACACAUUUCCAUAACCCCCCGUCUGUUUUAGCUGCAGCUCAGUAGAGCUACUGUGUCCCUGUCCAUUCCUUAACUUUAGACGUGCCCAUCAUCACACCCCCUUCGAUAACUAUAUUUAUUAUGUCUGUUCCUUCUCCAAAUUUUUCAGGCAUGCAGAAACUUUCAAAUGUCAUACACAGCCAAAUAAAACUGAACGAUGUGUUAAAAAGAAA